AAUCAGGUCACUCCGAAAGUGAUGUGUUCUGGCUGGGAACUUUACGUUAGCAAGUGCUGCGAAUAAAUCUCACACAUUUCAGCAAUGCUGAUAAUUUACACUGAAACAACUUACUUAGGGACUCAAUUUGUAUUUAAUCCCUAAAUUCUGAAUAAAUGAAGAGUUGUUUCACAGUGACUGCUUUCGCAGCCGGACUAUUUCAGUACUGAUCACUCAGUCUCUGUUUUCACACUUAAUUUUUACACCCUAUAAAACGGUAUGUCUUUAUUUGAAUUGUUUAUUUUUCAUUUACACAAAAUGCAUUCAUUUUGUCAUACCAGCCUUUGUUUCUGUACUCAGCUCUACUUUUCAUUGGUGGUUUAGUGAGAUUUCUUCACAAACCUGUUUCAGCUCAUGCUAGAAAAAACUCCUCCUCUGUCAUGGAGAGGAGGAGUAUGUGCAACAAAACCAACUACCUGCUGAAAUCAUCUCUCACAGACAAACUACUACAACUCUUUGGAGCACCUUCCUUUCCUCCUUGAAGAGAUCGACACAGCUUCAUCAUGUCGGCCUGUUGUAGACAUGUUCUGGGUUUGCUCUUAUCCAUCGUUGGCUUUUUAGGGACGAUCUUCAUCUGCGCACUCCCGAUGUGGAAAACCUCAGCCUUCAUUGGUUCAAGCAUCACCACUUCUCAGAUCCUCUGGGAGGGUUUGUGGGUGAUGUGUGUGAUGAGGAGUACAGGCGAAAUGCAGUGCAAAUCCUACAAUUCUAUACAAGACUUACCUAAAGACCUGCAGGGUGCCAGGGUGCUCAUCGUUUUUGCUAUCAUCAUCCAGUUCUGUGGGAUUCUGCUUAGUGUGGUUGGGAGCAAAUGCAUCAACUUUGUGCCAAACAAAUGGCAAAAGACCAAAGUGGUUAUAGCUUCCGGAGCUUUGUUUAUUAUUGCAGGUUUCUUGGUGGCCCUACCAGUCAGCUCAUGUUGGAUCAACCUCACCAUUAGUAUGAAUUCCAACAGCCUUUUCCUGGACAACGUUCAUAGAGUGGAGCCGGGAGCCGUACUCUACAUCGGCUGGGCCCCUGCAGGACUGCUGUAUCUGGGAGGAGGCCUCCUCUGCUGCUCCUUUUCCUCCAGGAAUGAGACUGACUAUGAGGUUGGAUACUCCAGGGCUGAUUCUGUGGAAGCAAGAUAAAGGUUUCACUUUCUCUUUGCCAUUGAAUUAGUCUAUUAUUAAGUUAAGUAAAAAAUUAUGACUGCUUAACUGACUGUAAAUUGUUUGGGUUCAAAACAUGCUGUCAAAACAAACUGUAGGAACAAAGACCCAGGAUUUUGAAUGUGUGAAUGCAUACUAGUCAAAAAAUGAAAAGUAAGUUUGCAUUCUAAAUGGAUUUUGUUAACCAAAACUAUGAUAUAUGUAUAUACAAGGUGUUUAGUACAAGAUGUGACCUCUUCUGGGUGUAAUGUAGCCAGUCACCCAUCUGCGCAUCGAUUUGUUGUGAGGACGGUCAAAUCAGAGGUGUGAAUCUCACGAAUAUGGAAGAUACACGAAUACAUGUAUAUGCCAACAGCUAAGCUUCAGUCAGUUGCAGCAUGGUGACACUAACUGAACCAGUUCUGAAGUGUACAAGUCGGUUCAUUGUGUUCACUAACGAAAAUACCAAUAAACCACAUCUGAAAACCACUUACAGAAUAUAUUUAAAUAGAUUUAAAACAAACUAGUUUCAACACAUAAAACUUGCCUUUCUUUCUUUUACCAGUAUAUAUUUUCUUGUAUUUACAAAAUUUGGCUAUACAUCUUUUUCCAUGUAUGUUGUUUUAUAUUAGUAACACAGACAUACUUAAACAUUUUUUCUUAUAUCUGUGGAAUUUAAAGCAUGCACAUUUAAAGUAGUUUAAUAUCAAAUUUGAAUUAUAAAAAUUUGAUUAAUAAUGAUAAAGUAAUUGAUUUAAAUUUGUUGUUUGAACUUACUUUUCCUUUGAUUUGUUAUUGAUCAAUGUUUUUUUCUGUGUACGAUUAUAUGCCAAUAUAAUUUAAGACUGGCAUUUAAGGGUAUAAAAUAUCAUUAUGUUAGCAAGAAUAGUUACAAUAAUGUCAAACGAUAAAGAAAUUCUAACAAUAAAUCUGGUUUUGGGAGUGUUUGUGAAA